UAUUGAUUUUUUACAAGAAAAAAUUUUAUUAAUUUUAAUAAAAUUUUAAUAGAAAAGUGUAAAAAGUUAAAAUUUAGCUUUUAAAAUUAAUGUGCUUAUAGAUUGGAUUAAAAUUAACAAGUGUUUAAAUAAAAUAAAAGCAGAAACGCAGACCAGACGACAAUGCUUAAAAGUGGGACUAUGUGGCAAUGAAUAAAUCCAAAUGCGAUAUUUAAUUUGACAUUAGUAAGCAGAUUAAUCCCACUACAACAAUGGAAUUCAAUUAACAAAACAAAUGAGAAAAGGUGUAAGAAUCUACAAGUAUUAGAAUUUCGAAAAAGAAACAAAAACAACUUGAAGAAAAAAUAUGUCUUCAUGGACAAAAGUGAAUAUAAAAAUAAACAAUAAUAAAAGAAAUAAAAAAUUUAAAAUCAAUUAACUUUUAGAUUUUAAUUUUACAAUUUCUACUACUCAACUCUAUUCUACUUCAAUAAGGAAAUUUGCAUGGAAUUCUGUAGAGAAACACAAUAUACAAUUUAAAUCAAUCACUUUAAGAAAAUAUACACACAGUAAAUAAGGAUUAGUAACAACAUGAACAGUAGUAACUCAGAUAUUCCAACAACAACGUCGGCAGCAGCAUUAGAAUUGAAAAAUUGUCUAAACAAUACAACAGCAACAACGAUACAACGUAGCAGCAACAAUAAUAGCAGCAGUUAUGCUUCAAACAUGCAGCAAACACCACAACAACACCCCACAACUUUGGGUGAAUUGUAUCAUGCCGGUUCGACUGUCACAGGCAGCUUAAAUAAUAGUACUAGUAUUAGCAAUAAUAAAAUGCCAGCAACAGUUGAAGUUAAUACUGUUUUCGCAUGUGGUAGCGGUGGUGCUGGUGGAGGGUUGGUUGCGGGCAUGAGUGCAAGUGUUAGUGGUGCUAUUUGUAAUGUCAACAACAUUGCAGCCGUAGCACAAACAACUGCAACAACAACUAAUAGCAGUACUAGCAGCAUUAGUAUGCAUGAUAACAGGCAAUCAAUAAAUAAUGGAGGAGCAGCAGCAGCAUCAUUGAGUGGCCUUAUGGUUGGUAGCUGUGGUGUUAUAGGAAGUGGGGGUGUUGGCAUGGCUGGUAUUGGCUCUAAGCCUCAAGAACGUUAUGUAUGGGAAAUGCGUGCGCGCAGUCCUAAUGUUACACCAGCCAGUACGGUACUUAAUUCACCAGAUCUAAAUACAGACAUGCAGUACAGCAUACAUCCUCAUCAGAGACAGUUGCAACAAAUACGUGUUGGUCGCAGUCCUGGUAGUCAAUUCGAACAACAUAAUAUACUGCCACAGGGCCUGGCCUCACCAGGUUCUCCUACAGAUGUCGGCAAAGCCGAUGGCCAGUGUUUAAGAGACGGUGAAAUUGUGGUCUUCGAUGAUAUCGAUACCAAUUGGAUGAAUAAAUCCAAUAAUUCAUAUUCAUCAAAUCAUUCUAAUCAUGCUCGCGAUUCCUAUCAUGGCAAUGAGGAUAUACUCAAAGUUACAAAAAUGAUUGGUCAACUACCUAUUGCCGAAUAUGAAGGUUCACCUAGACGUUUUGGCAAUCAACCACCAUCAAUGAAAUCAAAUUCAACGAAUGCCUCCGGCAAUAAUAUGGUGCCCAAAAGACCUCCGGGAUUUCCACAACGUGUCUCACCUAUGACAUCAUUAACACCUCAACAACAGCAGCAACAACAUCAAGAAGCUGCUCAUGCUCGACAUCAGCAAAUGCAACAGCAACAUCAAUUCUAUGCUCAAGCCACUAGUAGUGGCAGUUGUACUAAUUCCUCCAUCUAUAACAACGAUGCUAAUAACAAAUCAAUUGGUAAUCUUAUAGACAUUGAUGCUGAUGAUGAGGAUAUGAUGGUCUCUUCAUUGGCCGCCCAACAAUCGCAAACGCAAUCACAACAGACGCCAACCACUUCAUCUUCAUCGACACCACACAACAACAAUAAUGACUUGUCGUCAUCGUCAAAAUCCAACAAAGUUAAGACUCCUACAUUUGAUUAUUUAUAUGAAUUUUCAGAAACUCGCAAAGUAUUAGAGGAAUUUUUUAAAGCUAAUCCAGAGGAUGAAAAACGAUUUACGGAUUUUACUGAGAGUGGUGAUGAUAUGGGUAGUUGUGAUACCCAUCAUGAGUAUUUGCAUCAUCACGAUGAUGAAAAUAAACAUAUCGAAUCGGCCUAUAUUGGUCAACGUUUAGCUAGAAUACCCAAAGAAGAAUUAUAUAUGGUGCAUCGUUCUCCUACUAAGAAACCGGUGAGUUGA